CCGGUUCCUGGCUCUUCAGUGCAUAAAUAGGCUAAUCUGGGAUGGGUUCAUAUUAAAAACAAAAAAUGAAUGUUCAGGAAUAUUUACAAAUGAUAAACGAUAUCCCUGGAGACAUACCUGCUGUGAACUUCGGCUGCUAGAGCCUCAUUUGCCAACUAUGAUGUCUUCUGAAGCAAAACUCAGUGAUGGAUUAUACACCGGGGCACCAGAUUCAAUUGAGAAUUUGGUCAGGUAAUGGAUCCUGCAGAAGAAGCGAUGAUAGAAGUUGACGAUAGAGAAGCAGAAGAUGAUGGAGAUGAUGAUGACGAUGACGAAGCGGAAGAUGAAGAUAUGGAAGCAGAAGACGAUAAUGAUACAGAGAAAAAAAGUAAAAUUUACUUGCCAGGACAGCCACUAGAAAAAGGAGAAGAAUUGGUAGUAGAUCAUUCAGCAUAUAGAAUGUUACAUCAAGCUCAAACAGGGGCUCCGUGUCUAAGCUUUGACAUUAUCAGGGAUGACCUCGGUAUCUCACGGGAGACAUAUCCCAUGUCAAUGUACAUGCUAGCUGGUACGCAAGCUGCAAGAACACAUGUCAAUAACCUACUUGUCAUGAAAAUGUCUAACCUGCAUGGCACUGCUCGUAACAAUGAGGAAUCUGACGAGUCUGAUUCAGAUGAUGAUGACGAUGAAGACGAAGCUCGAGCUCCUGUUAUGACAGUUGCUUCUAUAAAACAUCAGGGCUGUGUGAAUAGAGUGAGAUGUACGCAAGUGCGGAACAAAGUCUUUGCUGCAAGUUGGAGUGAACUGGGUCGUGUAUCUCUUUGGGAUUUGAACGAGCAGCUGAGAGCAGUAGACGAUCCCUUGUUACUGAGUAAUUACCGUAAGCGAAAUGACCAAGGCAAUGAUGGAGCCAAACCAAUAUUUACAUUCAAAGGACACCUGCAGGAAGGAUAUGGCUUGGACUGGUGUCCUACCGAAGAAGGAACUCUGGCAUCGGGUGAUUGUAAAGGCAACAUUCACAUCUGGCAUCACAAUAAUAGCAGCAGUGGUGAAGACUGGCUUGUAGAUCAAAGGCCUUAUAAUUCCCAUGCUCCACAUAGUGUUGAGGAUCUCCAAUGGUCCCCAAACGAAAGGCAUGUGCUUGCCUCAUGUUCCGUCGAUAAAAGUAUAAAAAUUUGGGACACAAGAGCAAGUCCUCAGGCAGCGUGCAUGCUGACAGCAGGAGCGGCACAUACAGCUGAUGUAAAUGUAAUCUCAUGGAACAGAAAAGAAUCGCGUUUCCUGGUAUCUGGUGGCGAUGAUGGUAUUCUACACAUAUGGGAUUUGCGACAAUUCAGUCCCAAUGGUACUAAACCAGUUGCAACUUUCAAACAACAUACAGCGCCGAUAACAAGUGUAGAAUGGCAUCCUGGCGAAGCCACUGUCCUCGCGUCCGCUGGUGCAGAUGAUCAAAUAGCACAAUGGGAUCUCUCAGUGGAAGCAGAUAAUAUUGCAGAACAAGACAGUCAGCUUGCAUCAUUACCGCCUCAAUUAUUAUUCGUACAUCAGGGUCAAACUGACGUGAAGGAAUUACAUUGGCAUCCGCAGUGCCCAGGUACUCUUGUAUCUACUGCUCAUUCAGGUUUUAAUGUAUUUCGUACGAUUAGUGUAUGAUAUGUAUUGGCUUGCAAUAAAGUACUGUAAGAAGACACUGCCUCAAACAUUUACCAUGAAUACUGUCUUAAGAAUAUUGCAUUAAAGAGAGAGAUAACAAAUCUUGGCUUUAUUGAUAGUUGUGUAAAGUUUUAUUUUCACUAAUUGAUAGCAUUGAAGUCAGUCAUCUAGGUAAAUACGUUAUAUAUACAUGUAUUUUAUGUAUGUAUAAUAAUCAAUUAAUUACAGGUAUAGAGUAAAUAGAUAUCUGAAUUUCAUGCAUAUUGCGUAUAAUACAUGUAUAAAUAUUAACCCAUUCAUGGGACACUUGGCCGUUAUGUUUAUCGUCCAGCGUUAUAUACUUUCUUUUAAAUAAUCUGCUAAAA